CAGAACAAAGUAUUUAUGUUGCGACAACUACCAGACAUUGGGCGAGCUCAACCCAUUACAAAUUUGACUGGAAACCACAAUUCUAGGGGAUGACAAACUCUAUUAGGUAAAGCAAUGGCAGAUCAACAGCAACUACAGCCAAACUCGAUCGCACAGGUUCCUCCAGGACCACCAUUAUUUUGGAAGCAAUUUACACCCGAAAAUAUAGAACGAAUAGAGAAACUACGCGCUGAGAAAUUUUCAAGCUACAAGAUCGCCGAUAAUUCAACCUACAAACUUCCUCCCCGCAUUCCUGAUCUUCCUACCGGAUUGAGAUAUCUUCAACCGCCAGAACCACCAGCAACUGGAGUCUACAGAACAUUCGGACAGGUCCAAACAGUAUGUUGAAUGCUGCUAGCUGUUGGGCUUUGUCAUACUGACAUUUUAUGGCAGAUCGAAAAUGAUAUUCCUCCUCUUGAGGGCGUUGAACAGCUAUAUACACCACCCGGCACACCAACAGGAAGCGCAAAGCAUGAGGAUCGCAAGUUGAUUCUUAAACGUUUCGCAAAGUCAUUACUAUUGAAUUUCCUAGAACUGGUUGGUAUAAUGAGUAUCCAUCCAGAACAGGUAUGAGCAAUCAUUUCUACUUUACACCAAACAAAAUACUAAUUUAGACAUCUAUAGAGCCAUGAAAAGAUAGAGGAUUUGCAUACCCUGUUCGCCAACUUCCACCAUCUCCUGAACGAAUAUCGACCAUACCAAGCACGAGAAUCAUUGAUUUUAAUGAUGCACGACCAAUUGGAGAAAUCGAGAGCAGAGACCGAGGGUAUCAUGCAAAUGAAAGAGAAAGUGGAAGGAAUGUUAGAGGGAUUCGGUCAGAUCAAACUAGCAGAUGAUGAUAUUGCUACUACUCAAACACACGAGAAUAUAACGGAGGAUGAAGGGAAAGACGUUUGGGAACAGUUGGACCUGGAAUUUGGCUGAAAGAUGGCUGUGCAGACGAUUCGAAAUAUCGUAUGGACUUGAGUAGGUGCCGUCUGGUGGUAUGCAUCCAUCUUUUACUGCCACACGCAGAGAAAAUAUUAUUGGAUGAGGCAUCUGAUAGAGUGUCAUCACUCUACCGAAAUUCAUCGAAGGACCGGUACAUCACUGGCAAGGCUUAGCCAUUGCUUCAUCGGCUAUACCAUUUCUAGCAUCUAUCAGUCGAUCUUAAUGGCUAUGCGGCUUGGUAUUCUUGUUGGACCCAAGCUCCACCGUAUAACAAAGAAAAGAGAUCAGCAUGGAGUGUGAGAUCUACAAUCAUUUGGUUGCUAUUUUAACACCUGGUUGGCGCGACCGAUUACACCCUAGGUGUCUAAUAGUCUUUAAUGCCAUAUGGCAAUCUAUAAUUAAUUAUUAAAUCCAUGAAUCUCGAAGCUUAAC